CGUGGUACUGCGCACACAGUAAGAUAAAAAUAUUUAAUAAGCAACUGUCAUUGAUCAAUUGCCUAAGGGAAAUAUCUAUUUCACAAUGCUCCUAUAACCUUGCAGUUCUCACGCAAACUUUCUACAACCUACAUCAAACUAAGUGGAGAAUAUAAAUUCAGCGAAAGAGCAUAUGGUCUUUAUACUUUGACGAGUGUCCCUAGGUUUUGAUGCUUUGGCUUGAACACAGACAAUAGCAAAAAAAAAUUAUGACGAGUAAACGUACGAUCAAUCGGACGAUAGAACUUAUGCUGACCGUGUUCGGUGUCUGGCCAGGUAUAUCAUGCGUACUACUCUACAGAGUGUUUUGGGUGAUUACGUUAGCAAUUAAUCAAUUCUUUCACUACCGGUACUUUGUAACACAUUUUCAUUUCGACAAUCUUUUCGACUUGAUGGACUGUAUGAGUAGCUUUUUGGAGUUCGUAAAACUGAUGUUUAAGCUCAUUAUCUUCUCGUUGAAACAGCAAAAAUUUAUCGAAAUCUUAACGAUGACAGCGGAAGAUUGGAAAGAUUGCGAUAACACUGGCGUCGAGUUGCGCGAAACAGCAAAGAGAGCGAAACUAUCGAGUCGUAUUUGUAAUGGAUUAAUUCUUCUUUAUACAAUCUCCGGGCUUGCAUACGUCCUUGGCUUUUUACUAGCCGAUACCAACGUCACAGAUUUGACAGCUGAACUGCCUCUUAUUAUGAAAAUGAAGUAUCCCUUCGUUAUAGACACGCAACGCAAGUACAGACUGGUAUUAGCUACGCAAUCCGUUUUCGCGAUGGUGUGCGCUUUGGGAGCUGGAUUAUUCAACGCUUUGUUUCUAACUCUGACUCUACACGUGGGCAGUCAGAUAAACAUCCUACUUCGCUGGUUGAGGGAAGUUGGAUCUAAAGACAUCGAGAAGAAGCACGACUCAUUCGCCACUGUCAUUACGAAAAUUAUUCGGAAACAUCAAAAUAUUAUCAAUCUCUCAGAGAAGAUUGAGAAUCUUUAUUCAUACAUCGCCUUGCUACAAUUCACAGCGAAUACGGUUACCAUUUGCUCAUUAGGAUUUCUCAUCGUAACUGCAAUCGGAACCCCCGACGCCACUGAAAAAAUAGUAAAAUGUCUUUUAUUUUACUUUGAUACGAAUCUCGAAGCGUUUAUAUUUUGCUUCGCUGGAGAAUAUCUAAGCAAUAAGAGCAAAGCGAUCGGAAACGCAGCGUACAAUUCCGCUUGGUAUGAUAUGAAAGCUAAGGAUAGUCGGGUUCUGUUGUUUACAAUUUUAAGAUCGCAGAGGCAAUUACAGCUUACAGCUGGCAAAAUGGCUGUUCUCUCCUUAGAAUACUUUACAAGUAUCAUGAAGGCCUCGGGAUCGUAUUUAUCAGUACUGCUGGCAAUGAAAUAA